CACACGGGGGCAGCAGCUGCUUGAUGGGAGUAUUGAUCUGAAGAGCCGUUUGACAUGAAGCUAAACGCUCUUACCUGCCAGCAAAUACACACACACGCACACACACACACUCAACCUCAAACUGCAAACGCUGGGAAUCGAACCAGGCACCGCUUUGAUCCACGGCCGACCAGCAACAGAACUCCGUCUGGAGGAGAGAAAAACAUCCACAAGAUCGACGACUGAGAGACAAGACAGGUGGAUACAGAGGAAGGGAAGGAGAACUCUGCAGAGAUAAGGAGGACACAAAAACACAACACAAGGUGGGAGGUGAAGACAGAAGGAGAGACUGUCACGAUGGCUGAGGCACCUCAGCAGGAGCAGCAGGAGCAGCAGGAGCAGCUGCUGGUGCAAAUAGAGCAAGAACAGCAGCAGGAGCAUCAGCCGGAGCUGGUGCAGGAGCAACAACAGGAGGAACAGCAGGAGGAACAGCAGGAGCAGAGGCAGGAGGAGCAGGAGGAGCAUCAGUUGGAUCAGCAGAACAAGGAGGAGGAAGAGCAGGUGGAGCAGGAGGAGGAGGAGGAGCAGCCGAGCUCCUCAGAGGCAUCUGAGCCUGACGAGGAGCCUGAAGAACCCAAGGAGAGCGCCCAGAUGCCCAGAAGUCGCCCUCUGCUGUCCACCAGGUCCAUGAGCAGCGGCGGCGGUGGCGGUGGUGGAGACCCGGCUGACGACUCCCCCAACAUGAUUGUCUACAAAAAGAUUGAGGACAUAAUCACCCGCAUCCAGGACGAGACGGACGGCAUUCCCAUCAGGACUGUCAAGAGCUUCAUGACCAAAAUCCCCAGUGUUGUCACAGGAGCAGAUAUAGUAACGUGGCUGAUGAGGAACUUGUCCAUUGACGAUGCAGCUGAAGCCAUGCACCUUGGCAGUCAGAUCGCAGCUCAGGGCUACAUCUUCCCGAUCUCCGACCACACUCUCACCCUCAAAGACGACGGCACCUUCUACCGUUUUCAGGCACCGUAUUUCUGGCCGUCCCACUGCUGGGAACCUGAAAACACAGAUUAUGCUAUCUAUCUGUGCAAGCGAACCAUGCAGAACAAGACGAGGCUGGAGUUGGCAGAUUAUGAGGCGGAGAACCUGGCCAGGCUGCAGAGAGCAUUUGCCAGGAAGUGGGAGUUUAUCUACAUGCAGGCCGAGGCCCAGGUCAAGAUUGACAGGAAAAAGGAGAAAACCGAGAGGAAGAUCCUUGACAGCCAGGAGAGGGCCUUCUGGGACGUCUACAGACCUGUGCCUGGAAGUGUGAACACCACAGAGAUGGACAUCAGAAAAUGCAGACGCAUCAAGAACCCUCAUCGAGUCAAAAAGUCGGUGUACGGCGUAACCGAGGAGGGAACUCAGUCCCAGAGCCCCAUUCACACUCCAUCCCACCACUGCAGGAAAGGCACCAAAGAGGACGUGGAGAAAGAGAUCUUAUUCCUGAACACGCAGCUGGACCGACACUGCAUGAAGAUGUCGAAGGUUGCUGAAAGUCUGAUGAGCUACACUGAGCAGUACCUGGAGUACGACCCCUUCGUGACUCCACUAGAACCAUCCAACCCCUGGACCAGCGACGACCCCUCCUUCUGGGAUCUGGAGACCAGUAAGGAGACCAGUCAGCAGCGGGUGAAGAAGUGGGGUUUCUCCCUGGAGGAGGCGCUCAAAGACCCCCUAGGACGAGACCUCUUCCUCAAGUUUCUGGAGUCGGAGUUUAGCUCAGAAAACCUGCGGUUCUGGUUGGCAGUGCAGCACCUGAAGCGAAUGCCUCAACAGGAAGUGGCACAAAGAGCCCAGGACAUCUGGGCGGAGUUCCUGGCUGAAGGAGCGCCCAGCUCCAUCAACCUGGACUCCCACAGCUACGAACGGACCAGCCAGAACCUGAAGGAUCCUGGGAGGUACAGCUACGAAGAUGCACAGGCCCACAUCUACAAACUGAUGAAAAGUGACAGCUACGCCCGCUUUCUGCGCUCCAACGUGUACCAGGACCUGCUGAUGGCCAGGAAGAAGCCGGAGACGGAGCAGGGACGACGCACCUCCCUGGAGAAGUUCACCCGCAGUGUGGGUAAGUCACUGACGGGCAAACGACUGACGGGGCUCAUGCAGUCGUCCUGACAAGGCCUAGACCCUGAGUAGGAGGACCAACAUCCAGAGGAGCUGCCUACUCCGGGGGGAGGAGAGCAGGAGGACGACAAAGACAGAGAGGAGAAAGGUGGUGCUGGUAGAGUGACCUGUGCCAUCUGGGUGUGGCUGCAGGAGGUUGGAGACAAACCAAGUCGGUCAGACCGUUCGCCUGGACUGCACUGAUGGAGCCACCACCGCGCUUAAAGUUCUCCUCCUGGACGUAGUGAUGGAGGACCGACAGCAUGCAAUAAGUCACCUGACCUGACAGUAGGACAGAGCUGUCACUAACACUGCUGCUCCUCGUAGGAGGUUUUUCCUCUGGACCAUCUGCACUGUAGCAGGCUGUGAUGUUUGACUUUAUCUAUGUACACCCUGUAAACCAGGGCUGGGAAACCUGUUCCACAAGGGGUCGCUGUGGCUGCAGGUUUCUGUUCCAACCACAGCAGCACCUUGUGGUAAAGGUCGCCCACCCCUGCCCUGAAGAGACCCUUCACCUUAUUAAAAACAUGGAAUGCUUGAAUACUUUGAGACUGAUGUUAAUGCUGUAGCUGUUUCAUCACAACACCUUCACCUGGACGAUGGGAUGGACAGGUGGGUCAGCAGCUGACCCACUGACUUGUCCCACGGUAGGAGGUGGACUGCUGUGUGUAAUGUGGAAGAAGAACAAAUCAAUUAACUACUAAAGGUAAGCAUGUGGGGGGGGGGGGCAUUCAACCUCAGAUCCAACAGGCUGCUUCACUGCUGAUUGCUGGGGUAGUUGUGGUAUUUAACUGCAGAGUGGUUUGUUAGUUUGUAAAAAUAAAAAAAAUAAAAAGACCUUAAUAAAGUUCUAGUAUUGCUAAAUUAUAUUACUUUUUUUUAACCUUACUGUUUUGGAUCUCCCCAGACUUGAAGACACUGAGAAACCAACCGAAGGGGAAGCAAAGAUGUUACUGAAGUGAGUGGACCAGGAGCAGCUGUCACAAGUACCGAACACUAGACGAGUUAGAGCAGGGUUGAGAAAACAUACGAGGGCAGUUCAGUGUAGGAACACAUUUAGGAUGAAAUCUUGUCUGUAAUGCGGUCGGUUGUUCAGUUUAGCUCCGCCAACAACAAGGUCCGGCCAAUAGGUUUUUUGCCCUCUUGUGGCUCAAACGUACAACUUCACUCAUCGACGUUUUGGCGUGAACUUAUUCAUGAGUGAAGUUGCACGUUUGAGCCACAGGAGGGCGAAUCGUGCAGACAAUACUUUACAAAACCUGCCUUCAUGGUUUAGAUCAUGGCCAUAGUAACAGAGAUGAACCAGCCGAGCGCAGUGGUCCUUCAGUGUGGAGCUGAUUCAACCUCACUAUUAAAGGUAUGAAAAGACACUGAUUUAAGCCUUUCACAGGUAUUGACUAAAGAGAGAGUGACACAUCAGCUGGACAACUCCAGUACAGACAAGACUGACAUUGUUUUUAAAAGUGUAUCUAUGGACUUUAUGAUUGAUUGUAUGUUUUGUAAAUGUGAAGUCUUUUGCCAAUAAAAGAGUAAAAAGUUGUUGUUACUGUGUUCAUUGUGGAAGUAUUCUACAACUUUGACAGGUUGUUUUUUUUCAGCCACAUUUUACUACUUUUUUUAGCUAAAGCAUGUGAUAAAGUUGCAUGAAUUUAUAUCGUUUUUUUAUUUUUUAAAUUCGAUUCGCCCUCUGGUGGCUCAAACGUGCAACUG